CGUCGUCGUCCAACGAAAAAGCGCCCCCAAGCCGGAGAGUCUGGACCACCCGCCCAGCGGAGUGGAGAUUCACUCUUCCACCCCUGCCUACGUAAGCAACAAGGGCCCUCCUCACGUGAAUACGGGAACGAGGAGCCUUAGCCGAAAGGCACAGACCACGCUUGCGCUUCGAGCUGCACGUCACUGCACAGCCCAAAUACACCAGACACGCUCCCCCCUCUUUCCAUACCGAGAUCAUGUCAGAGCGCGGCGCAUUCCGGGGACGUGGUGGUGGACGAGGAGGCGGUGAUCGGGGCGGGCGGGGUGGAGCUCGCGGCGGAGCAGCCCAGGGCGGUGCAGCAGGCCAGACGGAGCGACCCAAGAAGGAGAAUAUCCUCGACUUGAGCAAGUACAUGGACAAGCAGCUCACCGUCAAGUUCAGCGGUGGUCGAGAAGUCAUUGGCACCCUCAAGGGCUACGACCAGCUUAUGAAUCUCGUUCUCGACGAGGUCAAGGAAGCGCUGACCGACGAGGAAGGCACCAUUCGCUAUCGCAAGCUCGGCCUCAUUGUCGCCCGCGGCACCCUCCUGGUUGUCAUCUCGCCUGUCGACGGCAGCGAAGAAAUCUCGAAUCCCUUUAUACAGGAGGAAGAGUGAGCAUGGGGUCGCUUCCACUAUUCGAGUAGCAGCAAGACGGACAAAAGCCUCGCCAUGGAGGAAUCAAGAUGCACAGGACAUGUUUUGAACAAGCCGGACGCUUGGAAAAGUAGCUCAAGCUGAGCAUGAUACCCCCGAGUCUAUGCGGAAUGAUAUCGCGAUACGACAUCACGGCUCAGACGAGAGGAAUGAUAUGCGUGAUCUUAUGAGGACAUUUGGAAAGCGGUUCUUGGUAGCUGCGCCCUGGCAAAAUGUAAUGGACUACCAUGACUAGUCUUUUAUGAUGUCGUGUAUUCAUGUACUCAUAGUAGAUCUUAUGCAAUACACAUGCAUGUGAAUCGAAUUAGUGCCCACGC